AUGGAAAGCAGAAGCGCUCCCCGCUCAAAUCUUGUGUAUCGGGGUCGUGAGGAUAUUUACACACGUGACACACCGUCCACCGGUUGCACAAAGCCUCCUCCCAAUCCCGUGAUAGCCUCCGUCACAUCCACCUCCUCCCCUUCCUCCGCGACGGCGAGGCGAUCCAGAAUGCUCUCUACGGCGUGCAUGCUCCUCCCCCCCUUCCAUCCCUCCAGAACGUCGACGGCCCCGCCAUCCCUGAGCGCGUCUCUCCCCACCCGGCUCUUACACAACAACAACACCGCCUCGACCAACAAGACGCGAAUCUCCGCCAUCUCCUCCCCUCCCACCUCUUUUAACCUUCCCAAGCACAUCGCGACCGCCGCCGUCCCCCCCACCAACACAUCAUGGCACUCGUCCGCCAUCGCGCAGUUACGCAUCCCGCUCGCCGCCGCCAGCCUCUUCUCUGCCUCCGCCGCCUCCAGCAAUCUCAGCAACCUCGUCAGUGGCUGUCUCUCCUCUUGCCUUCCCUCGACCAACAGGGCGUCCCUCCCCUUCCGGCUCGCGCACGCAUUCGACAGCCACAGCACGUUCGGUAUACGCGGUACCCUCUCCACGAGCGCGAGUAGCGUGCCCCUCUCCCUCACGCCGUCCGCGCCCUCCGCCCCGACGAGCGCGUCCACGCCCGGCGCGAAGCGCGUCAGGUUGGACAGCAGCGCCGCGUGCAACGCGACGCUGUCCGCGUCCAGGACGGCCUGCGCCGCGCGGCGCACCGCGCCCGCGCGCGUCAGGGCCGCCGCCGCCGUCUCGUCCUCCGACAGGUUCACCAGCGCGGACAGCGCGAGGCGCGCGCAGUGUGCGUCGCCGCUCAGCAGCAGCAGCCGCCGCAGCAGCACGUCGCCCGCGGCAGUCGUGCCGAUCACCCGCCGAAGCCCCGCCGCCGCGGGCGCGGACGUGCUUGCCGCGAUCGCGCUGCACGCGGCCGCCCGUGUGGGGGGCGGCGUGUUGCCCGUGAGCAGGGAGGACAGCGCCGGCAGGCUGGCUUCGUCCAUGGUGAAGGUGGGAAGGAAGGAGGAUAGAUAG